AUGCUUAACAACGAAUGUGUUCAAAACUUAGUUCAACACGAUGACGGGUAUCGCCUUUUGUCCAAUAUUGUCAACUCGCCGUCCUAUUUGGAAGAAAAGAAAAAGGACGUGAUGGCUAUGAUUCGGCAGCUGGGCCUGCCCACAUUCUUCAUUACAACAUCUGCCGCAGAGACGAAAUGGCCAGAGUUGAUUUCGAUGCUUCACAAUAGGAAAUAUGGAACUGAGAAUGCGUUAACCGACGAAGAAGUUUCCAAUCUCAAAUUCGAUGCUAAAGCAGAUCUCAUAAGAAAUGACCCCAUAGGAUGUGUAAUGGCUUACGACAGGCGAGAGAAGGCAAUGGACAAAUUUCUGAUCAAGCCAAUUGGUGGAAUAUUUUACCCUUACUCGCACAAGGACUUCUUUAAGAGGAAGGAAGUGCAACAACGCGGGUCGAUCCACACUCACAGAAUGGACUGGUUUGAGGAUGCUCCGAAAUUUUACAAAGAGAAUUUUUUAACACACCAAGCUUGCUGUGAAUUUAUUGACGAAUUUAUAACCUGCCGGAAAGACGAAUCUGACGAUAUGAAAGAAGUCAUGGCAUACCAAAUCCAUAAUCACUCACAUACUUGUGAAGACAAGAGGCGAGGUUGUAGGUUCGGUUAUCCCAUUCCCCCUAUGAGGAAGACAAGAAUACUACUUCCAUUACCUGCCGAUCAAGUAAAGUUACAUAAAAAAGAGUUUGCCAACAUUAAAGAAAAGCUUUCCACAUAUGGACGACAUGCAGAGGAAAUUGACUUUGAUACCUUUCUUCAAGAGUUGGGUUUGAAUGAAGAAAAUUACAUACUCUCGAUCCGUUCCAAUCUCAGAAUUCCUAAAGUGUUCCUUCGGCGUGGAACCCAUGAAAUCUAUAUAAAUGCAUACAAUAGGAAGCUUCUCUUAUGCUGGCGAGCAAAUAUUGACAUUCAAUUUGUUUUGGAUCCCUAUGCAUGUGCUACAUACAUUGUAAAUUACAUAAGCAAGGCAGAUCGAGGGGUGUCGAAACUUUUACGACAAGUAAGUAAAGAAAUUCGAGAGGGGAAUUAUGGUUUGAAAGAACGACUAAGUUCGUUUGCCAACGCCUUUGCAAAGUCUUCGGAAGUAUCUGCUCAGGAAGCCGCCUGUUGUUUGCUCAAAAUUCCUAUGACACAAAGUUCGCGUGAUGUAACAUUUAUAAAUACAAACCGGCCCGACGACCGGGUAAUUUUCGUGAAACCUGCCGAAGAACUUGAGAAAAUGGAUGCCGAUUCAUCUGAUAUAGCACUCAAAGGUAUUUUGGAACGUUAUGUCGUGCGACCAAGUACACUAGAUGAUCUUUGCUUAGCUGAUUAUGUCUCAAAUUACAACUUUACAAAACUAUCAUGUUCUCGCCGGAAAUCAGAUAAUCCGCCGGCAGCCGUCUUAACCUUGAGCGACAAUAGUGGAUACAUAACUAAAAGAGCGACUCCUCGAAUUAUUCGAUAUCGAAGAUUCGGCCUUUAUCAAGAUCCGGAAAAUUUUUACAGGGAACAAAUUAUGUUGUAUGUACCUUGGCGGGAUGAAAACAAAGAUGUUCUUGAUAUUGACCAUUUUUGUGUGUAUCAAGACCGCUUCGAUGUAAUUUCACAAAAGCGAAAGGUGUACGAUCCAAGUUUUCUAGAAGAUGAACUGGAGGUAGGACUCACUAUGGCAGAGGGAGACGAACAGACGUUUGACAAUGAUUUGCUUGACCACACUCCAAUAGAUUUCGUUGCAGAAGAUCAAGAUUUUGGUAUAGAGUUAGGCGAUUCUAAUACUUCGAAAUUUAUGUCUAUUCGUCCUCCAAAGUUGAUAUCAACAAACGAUUAUCGCAAAUUACUGAUAACUUUGAACGAAGGUCAGAGGAAAUAUCUAUUGAAUCUUCUGCAUAGCUUGAAGGGAAAGCUCGGGCAAAACUUUCACGUAAUUCAUGGCCAGGCUGGUGUAGGAAAGAGUAGACUAAUUCAUACAUUUGUUCAAUGUAUAUUACGGAUGUUUGACAAGGAACCUGGAUUAAGUGGUGAAGCUAUUCCCGUGCUAGUUGCAGCAGCAACGGGCAAAGCUGCAUUUAAUGUUUCUGGCAUGACCUUGCACUCUGCUUUUAGACUCCCACCAAAUCAAUACGCAGGAAAAAUGUCUCCACUUGAUCAUGGAACAUGCAAUACAUUGAGGUGUAAGUUUGCCGCUUUGAAGGUUCUGAUCAUUGACGAGAUUUCCUUAGUUAGCCUUAAAAUGUUCGCUCAAAUUGAUCAAAGGCUUAGGCAAAUUUUAGGCAUAGACGAACUGUUCGGAGGGGUUAGUGUGUUGGUCGUUGGCGAUUUCUACCAGCUUAGUCCAGUUUUUGGGCAAUUUGUUUUCGAGGAUUCGAAGGAAAUCUUAGGAUCAAUCAUUGGGAAUCCACUCUGGGAUAGAUUUCGGUUAUUUGAGCUCAACGAGAUCAUGAGACAAAAAGAUGACGCUAAAUUUGCAACUGCAUUAAACAGACUGUCCAUAGGGAUGCUUGAGGAAGAAGACAUUAAGAUGUUCAAAAGCAGAGAAAUCGGAAAAAACUUAGUCGUUCCAGGCGAUGCGACAUGGUUAUUUUAUAGCAACGCUGAUUGUGAUAAAUUCAAUCGUGAAGCAAUAAGUAGAGCAGUGGGCCCACUUUACAAUUCAUUUGCCAUAGAUAGAGUUCAGGGUGGAAACAUACUAAAGUCUCAACAAGCAAUGUUAGAGUCAGCCGAACAUUUAACUCUGCAACAAACCGGGGGUAUGCCAUAUCAUGUUGCUUUAAGAGUCGGCCUUCGUUAUAUGAUUACAACAAACAUCGACGUAAGUGAUGGGUUGUUUAAUGGUGCUACAGGUAAACUAAGGGGGGUAGUGGAAAAGCCAUUAACAAAUGGGGGGAAAGCUGUUAAACUUGUAUUUAUGGAAUUCUCGGAGGAAUUGGUAGGACAACUUGCAAGGUCGAACAAUCUAGCAUUGCUAAAAAAAUUAGGAAUUCCGUUGCAUUGGACCCCAAUCUUCUCAGAAACCAAACCCUUGAAUAGUUUUGGGCAUUAUCAAGGAAUGCAAAUUGUUCGACGUCAAAUUCCGUUGGUGGCUGCUAAUGCCAUUUCUAUUCAUAAAUCGCAAAGCCUGUCAAUUCCGAAUACCGUUGCUAAUAUUCCAUCCCGAGGACUAAGACGGGAUGCAAUGUACGUAGCCAUGAGUCGUGCACCUACUUUGUCAGGACUAUAUAUUGGCGGGACUUUUAAUGCACCACGUCCAAUCGACCCUUUAAGACAUCUUGUGCCUUUAGAGCUCUCCAGAUUGCGUAAAUUACCAUUCCCAUAUUCAUUGAGAUAUUUACCGGACCAAGACGAGCCCAAUAGAAUUGUAUUCCACAAUAUUCAAUCUUUCCGAGCACACUACGAAGACAUUCUUGCUGACAGAAACUACACGGUAUCCGAUGUGCUCUGUUUUUGUGAAACCCGGACUUUGAUUUCAGAUGUAGUUGAGCUUCCUGGAUUUUCGGUUUUUCAUCGAAUUGACUCGCCAACUAUCCAGUCAUCUAUUGGAACACUGGUGUUUAAAAGUAACUCACACUGUUCAAGCAUAUCAGAUUGUAAAUUCUCACAAAUAAAUUUGAGUUUUAGUAAACAUUUACAACUAGUUCAAUGGGCACAGAAAAAUGUUAGGAUUUGUAUGUUAUACCGUAGUCCCCAGUAUAGUGCGACAGCUUUUUUAAAGGACGUCUCAGAUCUUUUGAGUGGCAAAAAAGGCACCCCGAUGAUCGUCUUUGGUGACUUUAAUCUAAAUUUCAUGACCAAAGAUGGAUUCCAAAUGAGGCAAAUUUUCACCAAAAUGGGCUUCAGAUUAAUAACUCCCUCCGAAAAUAGUACCGACGGAAAUACAUGUAUCGAUGCAUGUUUUUCAAAUGUAUUUGGUGUGUCCGCUUUUUUCUAUGAAAGUUAUUUCAGCUACCAUAAGCCAAUUUGUGUGACAUGGCCAGAUGACAUACAUAUAUUGCCAUCACAUGUGGAAUCAGAAAGUUGUCCACAAGAAGCAGAACCAAUGGAAGUAAGUUUGAGCGAAAGUGGUAUAGGACACAAUACUGAACAGUCGGAAAUGGACGUACAAAUAGAUAACGAAGAUUUAUCUGCAGACAAUGUACUUUGCGAGCAAUCACUUUCAAUUCAUCUCGGUAUUCCAAAUUUAGGAAACACGUGCUAUAUUAACGCAAUUCUUCACUUAAUAUAUGAGUCUGUAUCCAUCCAAGACUUCCUGAAAGUUAGUCGAGACCGUCUAUCUCUUUGUCUAAGAGGUUUCUUUCACGCGUUACUCACCCCAGUUCCACUUUGUCAACUAAGAACUACUAGGCAAGAGUUAGUUGCAUGCAUGCCUUCAUAUCCAAUUGGAAUGCAGGAUGACCCUCAUCUAUUUCUUCUUGACCUACUACAGAACUUAAGCAACUCAGGGAUGUCUCUGGAAGAAUAUGUUGCGACGCUAGUAACCGAAGUUACGUGUUCUUGUGGGAUUAAAAGCACGAGAAACGAAUCAUGUACUUCUCUGUCGAUCGGAAGGACAGCAACGAAUUUACAGGAUUGCAUCAUAAAUCAUUUCAUCGGGGAACAAGAAUAUCUCUGUGAGACAUGCAAAUCGGCAGGAUUAGCAAAUUUCAAUUCCAAAUUAGUAUUGGCACCACGGGCUUUGUUCGUUAAUCUAAAAAUUUUCACAAAUCGAGGCACAAAAAUUCUAGAAAAGUCAUUUGCAUCGGAUAUUCUUAUGUUGCCCGGCUCAGAUAAUGCUUACGCCUUGACGCUUAUAGUUAGUCAUUUGGGGGAUUCCUUAAAUUCAGGCCAUUAUGUUGUGAAUUUUAGGCGUGGGAAUGAUUGGAUAAUCUAUGAUGAUGACGAAGUCUACAUUUCUAAGCACUGCGUUGGCGAUGGAUACAUUUUCCUAUACAAAUCGAUAUAA